AUGUUGACGAAGCAAAAGUAUAUGGGAACUGUUUUAAAUGCGGGAGAAAGGGACAUAAAAGCGCGGAGUGUUGGUCGAAGACAUCGGAAAGAUGGUGUAGCAACUGUAAAAGUAAAACCCACGAGACAAAGAAUUGCCGGAAGAAGAAAGAUGCGGCGAAGACAGCAGCCGAGAAGACAACGUCAAGUGAGAACAAUGAACAUACGUUUGCCUUUACAUCCAAGGACACAAUUAAUAAGUCGGGUAUAAAUAAUAAGAGUAAUUCCAGUUUAUUAGUAGAUACUGGAGCCACAAGUAACAUUAUAAAUGACAAAUCAAAAUUUGUGGACUUUGAUAAAGAAUUUAAUCCUAGUGCGCAUGUCAUAGAACUCGCUGAUGGCAGUAAAGCCAACGUAGUAUUAGGAAAAGGAAAUGCCAAAGUUAAACUUUAUGAUGUCAAUGGUAAUGCACGUGACGUAAUGUUAAAUAGCGCAUUGUAUGUUCCGUCCUAUGAUCAAAAUAUUUUUUCAGUGCAUGCUGCGAUAGAAAGGGGGGCCAGUAUUAGUUUAGAUAAGCAGGUGAAACAGCUCAAAUGUCCUGAUGGCACAACGUUUGGAAUGGAUCAAAAAGGUAGGUUAUAUUAUUUAAAUAGUAUUUCAUCCUCUAAGAAUAGUGCAUGUUCUCUGCAUGAAUGGCAUAAAAUCCUUGGUCACUGUAAUUAUGGUGAUGUUCAGAAAUUGGAAAAUGUUGUAGAGGGGAUGAAUAUUUCCAACUAUGAUGAGGUAGAGUGUACUGUUUGCACUAAAGGUAAGAUGUGCCAAUUUAGGAAUAGAUCCCCAGAUGAAAGAGCAACUGCUCCAUUAGAUUUUGUGCAUUGUGACCUGGCUUGAUCCUGUAGGAAGAGAUGGCUUUAGGUAUGCUUUGUCAUUCGUUGAUGACUAUUCAGGGAUUAUUAUGGUCUAUUUUCUAAAAUGUAAGAGUAAUACCCCAGAAGCAUUACAGCAAUUCUUGGCUGAUGCUGCUCCUUUUGGGAGGGUUAAGCGUGUCAGGAGUGACAAUGGCACAGAAUUCACUAGUCACAAAUUCAAAUCUAUUCUUCGAGAAAAUAGGAUAAGGCAUGAGACUAGUGCACCAUAUUCCCCACAUCAGAAUGGAACGGUGGAAAGAGCAUGGUUGAGUCUUUUUAAUAUGGCUAGAUGUUUGUUGCUUGAGGCAAACUUGCCAAAGUCCAUAUGGACUUAUGCUGUUGUGGCAGCAGCCUACAUCAGAAAUCGUUGCUUCAAUGCGAGAUUGGGCAUUUACAGGGUCUAAACCAGAUUUGAGCAAUAUGCAUGUCUUUGGUUCCGUUUGUUACGCAUAUGUGCAAAAUGCAAAGAAAUUAGAUCCUAGAAGUAAACAGGGUAUAUUUGUGGGAUAUGAUAAAAGAAGUCCUGCAUAUCUUAUCUUUUAUCCUGAUUCCAAUAAGGUUGAACGUGCAAGGUGUUCAAUGAGAGCAACCAUGAAUCUAAGGUUAAUCCUGAUGAACAGGAAGGGGAAUUUCUGCCCAGUAAAGUGUCUGUACCUAUUGCCAAUAAGAGUGUAAUAUCAACACAAGGGGAUGAAAGUGCAAAUGGCACUGAAACUGUGCCUGAUGAAGUACGGUACCCUAGUCGAACUCGUACUAAGCCAACAUAUUUGAACGAAUAUGUAACUGGUAAGGUUGUUGAUGAUGCAGCAACAUGUGCAGUUGAUUAUUGCUAUAGAACCCAUGACAUUCCAACUAGCUAUUCCCAAGCAGUACAUUCUCCUGAAAGAAAUAAAUGGGAAAAAGCCAUGGAUGAUGAAAUUGAGGCCUUAGAGGGCAAUGAAACUUUCGAGUUGGCCCCACCACCAAAGGGCCGUGAGGUAGUGGAGGGAAAAUGGGUGUAUACCGUUAAGACAGGACCAGAUAAGGCUGAAACAUACAAAGCUCGUUAUGUAGCAAAAGGCUACUCGCAGAUUCCUGGUAUUGAUUACCAUGAAACCUUUUCCCCAACCGCUCGGAUGAGCUCUAUUCGUGUUUUAUUACAGCAGGCAAUUCAGAAUGAUAUGCUUGUUCACCAGAUGGACGUAAAAACAGCCUAUUUAAAUGCCCCGGCCCAGUAGACUGUGAGAUUUUCAUAGAACAGCCAGAAGGCUACGAAAGGGUAGGACAAAAUGGUGAGAGGUUGGUGUGCAAAUUAAAUAAGUCUUUGUACGGCCUUAAGCAGAGUGGACGCAAUUGGAACAACAUGCUACAUGAUUACCUUGCUGACCCAUGUGUUUACAUUAGAAAUGGUGGUACAAACAGUGAUGUGAAAAUUACCAGAAAAAAGUAACGAGUAAAAUUACAAUUACUUCUCCAAAAAAGUAAUUAUUCCUAAUUACUUAUUACUGUCUUUCAAAUAUAAUUAAUUACCGAUUACUAAUUACUUUUUUAAAAAGUAAUUAAUUACUAAUUACUUUGAAAUUACUUUCAAGUUUUCAUGGACUUAAACAACAACAAAAUGUUAAUUCAAAAGGCAGUUCCAAAGUUAAGAGUUAAGACUUAUGCAACAGUAUUAAACUUGGAGUUUAGCUUUAAAAGUAGUGCCGACUCAAAAUGGUCGUCAGCUAACCGAUUUCAGUCACAAAGUGAGAGCUAAGAUUAAAGAACAUUUGUUGCCCAUUUUUGUCGAAGAUUCGAAUGCGACGUUUUGUAAAUCGAAAAUGGCUUUUUUUAUGGUGGGCAUAAUUCGCACUUGAAAAGUAAAUUCUCCUUGUCAGACGAUUGAGACGAAAAAGUAAACAAUUCCUCGAGUCGUGGCCACGGAUUAACAUUCAAGUUGCCUUCUUUCACUGUUUCUGUGCCAAUAUCAGUUAUAUCACUAGAUAUCGAUUCACUGGUUUCAUUUUCCGCUUCAACGAUAAACUUCAUUCAUAUUCAUGUUGUUUCCAACCAGCAAGGCGACACAACAUUGCAUUGAUUGCAAUGCCAUGAAGUGUAAUCAACUGUGUUAUUUUGCAAUCCUGACGCUGGUCAGCAACACUGCAGGCAUUUCUAUUUUUCAUUUUUGCGCUCAAUUUUUUUGGAAAAUAAUAAAGUAACGCAAAUUACUUUUUUAAAAUGUUACUCGUUACCUUCAAAAAGUAAUUGAUUACGUUACAAAUUACUUUCGUGCAAAAAGUAAUUAAUUAACGAAAAAUUACCCAAAAAGUAAUUAGUAAUUAGUAACGCGUUACUUUAGUAACGAGUACUUACAUCACUGCGGCAGGAUAGUAUCCUUUAGUUUUAAUAACCUCAUGUGCGCGAGGAAUUUCGCUUCCCACAGUUCGUAAUUGCUUUCGUUUCCAUCGAAAGUCAACCUUGACCAGCGUGAUUCUCUGCUGGGCCCAUAACCUGUUGAAGCCAUGACUUUAGAACACCGUAUUUGUAAUGAAAUCACUCUUUAUUUUCACGUUUAUUACAAAUGUAGUUUUGUACAGUAAGUUACUUUCACGAGGAAGUUCAACUAACAACACAACUAUCCCAUCAUGCAUUUGUCUCUCAGUAUUACGUCAUACUAAUAUUUGGAUAACAUACAGUUUUAUAUUGAACUCAACAGUCUCUGACAAAGAAUUGAAACAACAGCGCAUGUCUCUGACAAAGAAUUUAAAUACUAGCACAUGUCUUUCACAAAGAAUUGAAAUACCAGCACAUGUCAAUGACAAAGAAUUAAGACUCCAGCGCAUGUCUCUGACAAAGAAUUCAAAUACCAGCACAUGUCUAUGACAAAUAAUUGAAAUACCAGAACUUGUCUAUGACAAAUAAUUGAAAUACCAGCACAUGUUAUGACAAAGAAUUGAAAUACCAGUACAGGUCUAUCACAAAUAAUUGAAAUACCAACACAUUUAUUGUCUCUGAAAAAGAAUUGAAAUACCAGCACAUGUCUAUGACAAAGAAUUGUCGAACUUGUACAAAUAAUAACCACUUAUAUUACUAAAUAAUAACCACUUACUAAACAGGUCCAAACCCUUACUGUGCAGCAAGACAAAUAUUUGAUAUUUUCCUCUAGAGCCAAAGGAUAGAGAUUAAGUCAUUUUAGGGUCGGGGUAUCAAGGGGAGGGAGAUAGCCGCAUCUUUAAUUUAUUCCUAAAAUAUAGGAAUAAACGGAACUAAUUACUGUGACGUCGGCCGUAACCAGGAGUCCAGAAUUUCAUUGUUAUCUGGACAUUUAUUGCGUUUCCGGACGCCAUAUUUAAUUUAGCAAGGCAGGAACAGUUUUACUAAAAAUUUGAAUAUUGUAGUCAAAUAUUUGACACGCUUAGCCAUUGGGCUGCCUAUAUCAUGGUAAUACGGGAAAAUCCUACGAUAUCCGCGCCAGCUAGCCAGACUGCACGAUUCACCAAAACAAAUGAAUAUAUUUGUACCUGAGCAAAUGAAAAUAUAACCAAUAAUAUCACACGGAAAAUAUGAUCAAGAAUGAUAUAUUUUUCUACUUCCCUCAUGCACAUACAGUGUACAACAAAUAGUUAAUUUCCUAUUUAUAUUCCUUUUACUAUAGUAUAAUUACUUUACUUUAGUGGCUUUUACCAUUUUCAAGUUUAUUCUUUUUUCUUUUUAAAAGUAACCUGAAAAUGAAAUAAAUCAGAUUAAUAUCAGGCUAUCAGCAUAGAAAUAUUAGGCGGCUGGCGGGAAAAGAAGAUCCCCCCCCCCAUCAUUGUUAACGAUUCCGAAUAUGUUCUUUCUUUCUUGUUUCGAAUGAACGUCGUUUCACCAAUGUAGUUCCAUGUAGGGCAAUCUCCGCAAGGGAUUGAUAAGUACUAGUUAAAACAUGCAUGUGCAACCGAUCCAUCUUAUGAGUUCAUUGGCGAAGUAAUUUUAAGAAUAAACAUUGUCUAAGCCGAGGAAAUCAAAGCUGAAGUUUAUGUAAAUCAGGACAAAUCUUUAUCCAAAUUACAAACAUUGUUUAAUUAAACAUUCCUUUCUUUUGUAUUUUCCUCAUGAAUCAUUAAUGAGUUUUUUAACGUAGUUUAAAAACUCAUUAAUAAUUCAUGAGGAAAAGAAAUAUAAUAAUAAUAACUUUUUCAAUCAAAGUCUCAAUAUUGGUACAUAGAAUACAUGGGUAAAUAACUAAAUAAGUCAUUACAAUCUAUAACAAUAACAAAAAUAUUAAUAUAUAUGAACGAAGUUGAUAAAUAUAUAAAUUCGCAUACCUACACACACACACGCACGCACACGUGAGUAAUUAGACCAGAAAAACUCAUUAAUAAUUCAGGAGCAAAACACAAAGAAAAAUCAUAAGCGUGUCGUGGUUUUAUAUGUGAUAAAAAAUCAUGUUAAUUUACAUAAACUUUAGCUUUGAUUUUCUCGGUUUAGACAAAGUUUAUUUUAAAGUGUUUAUGAAACGGCUGAAAAUUUUUUCUGAAAUUGUGUUGAUUUUAUAGUUUAAAGUACGCUGAAUAUCAUACUGCAUUUUAUUUUCGCCCCGCGAUUCUUUAAAGUGGAUUUUUUAAGCUACAAAGUUCAGCAAUUUGGCUAUUUUUUGUCCCGGGGUCUGGACCCGAGUGAAAACAGCGCGUGACGUCACUGGUUGUACCAGUGAACUAAAUAUAACUGGAACGCUACCUUCUGAUAAUUUCGUGAAGCCAAAAUUUGCGGGACUUUACCUCCAGACACGCGUGUCUGGAGGUAAAGUCCCGCAAAUUUUGGCUUCAUUCGCGAUUCCCUCGCGAGAUCGCGGUGGGGGGUGAAGCGUGCUGUUUGUAUUCAGAAGAACAACAAUGUGCGAGCAGAGCGAAUUUGCAAGAAAUUUGUUGUAUAUUUUAUGGUUUUAAAUUUUAGUUUUUUUUGUUUGGACUAUAAUGGAAUUAAUUUUAGCUCAACCAAGUAAAAUUUAGCCGAAUGGAGUUGCCAAUCGGCUAGGAAACAAACGCUAUAAACGAAACAACUUGGCGAUGUGCAAAUCCGCCAAAUUAUUUGUACGAGCGUCAGACCCUUUGAAGAUUUUAUCAAAACAAGUGAGUAAAUUCUUUAUUUUAACUUAGUAUUACAAACCUAAUAAUUAUUAAACAAAGUAAUUUUGUUAAACAAGUGUCGAUCACUUUGUUUCCCUUCAUUUACGAUCUCUUUGACGUAUUUCUUUCCAAAGCUGAACAGCCGCAACGUAAAAUAUUUGUCCGCGACACGUUUCAUUAAAUUUGUUUUGUGGUCGUCAACUAGAAUUUCGUUGUCAUCAUCUUCAUGGUCUGUGAACAGCUCAGAUGUUGAGUCCAAUGUGAAAUGUUGGAAGACGUUCACGAUCAUUUUUUUCUUUAGGUUUCCCUCGUUGCUUAUUUGUUUGCCGUCUUUACCCGUAACAGUAGCUUUGAAAACGUGCUCGCAGUAUUCGACCGUUCGAAACACAGAUGUUGAUGGGAUCUGCAAACCACCCCUAUUGACAAAUGUGGUAAAUGACGAUGCCUUUCCUGCUUCAUGAUAUAUGGUUGAAGUAUAGUCAUGUCCGUUUGCAGGCAAUUGUUUUGGCAGAGGAAGAAGGCUCUUUUUGCAUGCUGGACAAACUAAGGUUUUCAUAAGUUUGGAAACAAUGUACCCUGCGAUGUAAAACAGAACAUUCGAGGUAAAUUCACUAUGCCCUUCUUCGUUUAAAUGUUCACACAUAGAAAAUAUGUCACUUGAGUCAUUGUUGGAGGCAGAGGCUUCCACAAUAUUUUCGUAGGUGGUUGACUUUUUGUGCUUUCUUGUAUGGAAUAUGGGGAUAAUGUUAUUACAUCCUGUAAAAUCCACACAGUUGGCAUAUUUCGAUGCUGUAAUGGCAUUUCGCAUCAACAUCUUUCGAAUUGCAUACUUGAACUGUAAAACGUUAGGGUUGUUAUUCCAGCCUCCUCUUGAGCGUAUGCAUGAAAAAAGAAGUUCGAUGUGGUCCUGUGAGAAUUUGUAAGUUAAUAAGUACUUGAAAGGAUUGGUGGGUAAACUAAACAUUUGUGUAGCCAUGGAAAUUGUAGAUUUGAUACAUGCCACAAACCCAAUUACAAAUGUUUUACGUUGCGAGGUGGAAAGUAGUUGACCUGUAGGUGCACUUGUUUUCAACGACAGUAGAUAGUCUGCUGUUGACAUUAAGAUUUCUUCCCAUGUGUCCUUGGUUUUCGGAUGAAGGGGUGUCUUGAAACCUUUAGCGAUUGGGUUACGAGAAUUCAGCAUGUCAAAUAACCGGUCGAUUGUGCGGAUAAAUAUAACUGUACCAUGACUAUCGUGAAAACUGGACAACUUCAUUGAUUUGUCCAGGAAUUCUACAGCAUUAGCCACUGAAGAACUUAAUGUUUGCGCUGCUAGUCUAACAUUCAUUUUGUGUUUUUGAAAUUUCAGGUGAUUUGGGGAAAGUUUGUUACCCAGAUUCAGUCCUUCCACUUCUUGUAACUUUUGAAGUUCCUCAAUGUGGUGCCACCUUAUCACAUUUCCCUCACCAUCAACAAUGGUCCCGAGGUGUGCCAAAGCAUUACGAGCAAGUUUAAGCAUGUGGCAGGGGUCAAGAAUGAUAAAAACAUCUUCACCAGUAGUUGGAUGAAUAAUUGAAGUGGUCAUCUCAUCGUAACUGCCAUUAAAACUACAACCGAGAAUUUCAAAUGUUCUAAGGUUGACUGCUGUGCCAUCCGCUGUCACCGACCAUACCUUUAGUCCAGCCUUUGCUGCCAUUUCCAAUGAUUUCGAUACUAAUUUUGCCUGGUCUUUGGCGCUGAUUUUAUCUCCUAAAAAGUAUCCGAUGGGACAUUUCCAAUGACUUCUUGUUCCGACCAACAGAAAAACUAAUGCCUCAGAAGCCAGUGUUGCUGACUUAUCAUUAUGAAUUUCAUCACCAAGAUCAACAAAUCCUGAGUACCGAUCUUUUUCAGCAUCCCAGAGUGUCUGCUUACGAAUGGACAUUGCAUCGAUUACCAAACAGCAGUCCUUGUUAAUUGGUGAACCAGAGAUUAAAUCAGACAGGGAUGUGAAUGCUUCUUCUAUGAAGCCUGGGUCACAUUUAAACGAAGUUGACCAUUUUCGUAUCAAAGAUUGGUUUGGCAAUGGGAUAAUGGAUCUAACAUAUUUGUAUGCUUUCGGUGAGUAAAAGUAUAAAGUCACAGCAAACUCUUUUAUUUCAUCCGAAUAUCUCCUUCCUGAUGGUGAUGCCUUUAAGUUUUUGAAAUUAUAUAGAAAUUGAAGAUGUUUAUUUUCAAAUGUUGAUUGCAGACUUUCUGCUUCUUUUGAAGUUAUCAGUGAUCUUUCUUCCAACACUUUGAUGGCUUCGUUCAUAGUUUUGACUUUCUGUUUUGACCUUCGUAAUUGCUGUUGUAAGUUGCGAAUUUUUUGUCUAAGUUUUGUUUGUAACUCAUCUCUUUUUUCUUCUGUAGAUACAGUUUUGGCGAUUUUUUCUGGAGGCGAGAGGUUUUCCAAAUCAGUUGGGGGGAUUGGUCUCUUGUUCGACAGGUCCAGCCUGCAUCUUGUUUUGUUGGGUAUCGUAUACAACAUGGUUGCCGUGUCAUGGGACUUUGAUGGUAUGACAUACUUUUUUAGUCGACAUGACCCAUUCACUGAAGGAGGGGUGAUGUAAUCUGUUACUUGGAAGUGGUCGCUACAAAGACGGCUAGUACUGGUUGCCCUCCAUGGUUCUUUAAGUAUAUUGGGCCUAUUGGCUUCUUGAACAAAAUGCUCCCACUGCUCUAAAGCAUGCUUAUCUUUCAUUGGAAAUCUAUAAUAGUUUACAACAUACAUAUAUUGUGAGCAGCCAAUUUGGCUUUAUUGGUACUGAAAAGAUGACUCUUGUCUUACAUGGUUUGUGCUGUGGUUUUCAACAUGUAAGGGUUACACUUAAGCCUCGUACAGACAAGUAAUUUUUCCUUGACACAUUAGAUUUGCUUGUGUGUAUGUGAAAAAAAUGACAAGUUUUCCUUGACAAGGAGCCUGGUUCAAAACAUGGUCAUGCCAAAUUUUGAACCAGGAAAUCUUGUCAAGAAAAAAUUGCUUGUCUGUGCGGGCAAAGAUGCAACAAUAUAAGACCCUGAUGCUUGUGAUGUUACUCUGAGUGUAUAUCCACACUGGUCAAGCUUGAAAAAUAUGCCUGGCCAUGGUGGGAAAGAACCUACGACCUUUGGAAUACUAGCCCAGGCAUAUUUUUUCAAGCUUGGCCAGUGUGGAUAUACACUCAGAUUAACAUCACAAGCAUCAUAUUCACCUGAGUACAUUACACCGCACACAAAAAAAUUUAAUAUAGACCCUGUUGUCAUUGUAAAAGCAAUGAUAGCCAAAAAUGGUGAUAAAGUAGUAUGUAGAAAUAUAUGCUUGUAGAUUUCAGUACAAGAAGUGUAAUUUUAAUCUGUUUUAUUAAAUAUUAAGAUAUCCUUUCCAUGUGUUGUUUUUUUAUCUUGUUAAAGUAAGGAAGUAAUUGUCAUUACCUGUGAAAAGCUACAGUAGCAUUUUGUCCAUGAUGAGGAAUACCCCUGUUUGUACACCCAAGUAUAACACAGUUAAGUGGCAUGAUUUUUACUCACUAACACUGUCACAAAAAUAUCAAUUUUUCCUUUAAUUUCGCAGUUUUUUUCUUCCCUUUAAAUAUUUUUUACUAAACAACUACAGUAAAUAUGCGCAAUAAAUUAAAAAAGGACUGGGUAGAGGAGAAACUUCAAUGUUUUGAGCACUCCUAAAAGCUAAAAUUUCAUCACAAAAUACACUUGAUACUGACACUAUUUUAUAUUAUAAGUUUAUGUUUGCUUCAUUCCCAUUCCUAAGUGACUAGAUUGCACAAAAAAUGCAUCAAUUAUAGAAAAAAAAUCUCCCAACAUGGUAAAUGAAAACUUCACGCCUGGGCGCAAUGUUUUUUCCUAACAAAGAACCGUUUUGUUCAGCAUUUCCAUACAAAGUAUUAAAAAAAUGCAGUCUAUUAAUCAAGAAUGUUUAAACUAGCCGAAGGUAGUGACAAAAUUAGUUCUUAUCUCCCUAAAACGAGUUUUUUUUAUGAGUUUCGACCCGAUCAGACGAAAUCGCAUAAAAAUAUUUUGUUUGGCCGUGUUUGUUUUUACGUGGAAAGACUGGGGGUGACUUGCAUAAUUGAGCAUCAAGCUUCCGGUUGAAGGUAGCGUUCCAGUUAUAUUCAUUUCACUGGGUUGUACACACAUGUUGACAUUCUCAAUAUAAACAGUAAAGAACAUUUGUAUUAUCGCGCUGUAUAAAAUAUUUUAUCGUGAUUUCUACUCUUUUACUAUGUCGCACAGCGAAGAUUCUCUUAGUUACCCUAGCUUAGAGUCUGAUAACAUAACGGAGAGCAAUUUAAAAGGAAAUAUGAACGUAACGAAUUGUUUUGAGCCGUAUCAAGGGGAACUAUUGCCAGUACAGACGACAGCGAAUCUUCUGAUGAGGAACAGGACGAAGAUUACAUUUUGCCAUCUGUUUUGGAGAAGCGUUUAGAAAAAAUAUUCCAUUAGCAAAUUGGUGAGUUCUACAAACAAUACUAAGUUACUUUAUUAUGAUUUUCAUGCAAUAUUUCCCUGAUAUUUGCCAUAUUAUUUAUUUCUGUUGUAGGUGUUCGUGUGAGAAUUGUGCCGAUCAAAAUCUGGCGAGUGUUGAGAGGGCUAGAUUAUAGAAUACCCGUCCACUUCUGAUACUGUUUAUUUUGGGGGGAUACGGUGAUACGCAGUGAAUCAUGAAAUGACGUAAUUAUUCGAGUGUUUGGGUUUUUUAAAUAAAGGGACUGG